AUGUCGGCCGGUGUCACUUUUACUCUCAGCAACGGCGUUAAGAUCCCCGCCGUUGGUUUCGGAACCUUUGCCAGCGAGGGUGCCAAAGGCGAGACAUACAACGCUGUCACUUGUGCUCUCAAGACCGGAUACAGACACUUGGAUUGCGCCUGGUUCUACCAGAACGAGGACGAGGUCGGCGAUGCCAUCCAAGACUUCCUCAAGGAGAACCCCUCGGUCAAGCGCGAGGAUAUCUUCAUCUGCACCAAGGUCUGGAACCACCUGCACCGCUACGAGGAUGUCAUCUGGUCGCUUGAGAACUCCCUGAAGAAGCUCAAGGUCGACUACGUAGACCUUUUCCUGGUCCACUGGCCUAUUGCUGCGGAGAAGGAGACGCAGGAGAAGCCCAAGAUCGGCCCUGAUGGAAAGUACGUCAUCCUGGAAGACCUCACCAAGAACCCCGAGCCCACAUGGAGGGCAAUGGAGAAGCUCUACGAGGACGGCAAGGCCAGGGCCAUUGGUGUCUCGAACUGGACCAUCGAAGGACUCGAGCAGCUGCUCAAGUUCGCCAAGGUCAAGCCUCACGUCAACCAGAUCGAGAUUCACCCCUUCCUGCCCAACGAGGAGCUCAUUCAGUACUGCUUCAAGCACGAUAUCCUGCCCGAGGCCUACUCGCCAUUGGGCUCCCAGAACCAGGUCCCCACCACCGGCGAGCGCGUCAGCGAGAACCCGACCCUGAACGAGAUCGCCAAGAAGGGCGGCAACACUCUGGCUCAGGUGCUGAUUGCCUGGGGUCUGCGCCGCGGCUACGUUGUGCUGCCCAAGAGCUCGAACCCAGCUCGUAUCGAGUCCAACUUCAAGAGCAUUCAGCUGUCGGAUGCCGACUAUGAGGCGGUCAACAACGUGGCCAAGGGCCGUCAUUUCCGAUUCGUGAACAUGAAGGAUACUUUUGGUUACGAUGUGUGGCCCGAGGAGACGGCCAAGCAGAUGUCUGCUUAA